AGGCAACGGCCCCUAAAGAGCAGAGAAUCAAUCUGCCAUCUGACGAGCGAUGAGAUGAAUGUGGUGACGAAGGUAUAAACUAAACUUCUCUGCACAUUUGAACAGUUUUGGGGUUUUCCCCCUUGAAAAGAAGGAUUUGAAAUCCUCAUAGAAGUUUUUCAGCAUUUUGACUCGAGCGAAUACUCUGAGAGGAGUUUGUGAAGAUGGACUGUGAUCAUGAGGAUGAACAUGGUGGCCGCUCACCGACUGGAUCAAAAUCUAGCAUUCGUGAAGAUGAGGCACAAACUAAUCCAGCUCCUGCUAUAUCCACUUUUCAGCACUCUGAGUCAUCUAAUAACAAGGACAUGGAAUCUGCUAGAAUGUGUCUAAAGGACAGUGAACUCUCACCAACAGAUGAACUCUCUGAUGGGAGGGAAAACUCAUGCCUUAUUUCUCCUAUCACCAAAUCCAAACCACUCGCAUUUGACGUGCAUAUAAAAGAAGUCCCAGUAGAUGUGAAAACUGCUUUUCAGGAUGAUCUAAACCCUCCUGUGAGCGACAUCAGCGGUGCCUUUCCUGUCUGCAUUCAACUGCCUGCAAACCAUCGUAAAAAUAUGGCUACUUUUAAAACAACACACCGUCAUCGCAAAAUCAGCCAUUGUUCCACCUCCACCAUCAAAAGUGGACUGAGCCUGAGAGCCCCCGUUGAAGAUCUGUGCGCAUCCGUCCUGUUGGCGUGUCUGUUCUGCAGGUUUUGGGACUGCGUGCUGGCGCUGGGUGAUGGGUGUCAGUUCUGCGUGGCGUCUCUGUGUUCCUCCUUCUGCUCGAGCAUGUGCUGCUGCGAUCCCUCCUCUCUGGAGGAUCUGUUAGAUUUGUGUCCGUGCUGCAGUUGUGCUGAAUAUGUGGAGGCGUGCGGCUGCAGCUGUGGAGAAAACACCUUCGACUGCUCCAUCUGCGACCUGUGUCUGCAGACCAGCGAGUGUCUGGAGCUCGGCAUGGAGCUCUCGCAGCUGCUGUUUCACUAGAUGUCUCAUGACCGUCCCAUUAAAGCUGGAAUGGAAUGCGGCAAAUGCAAUGUGCUGAUUUUAUAAGCAUGAAACUAAAAUGCGCUGGUUGAUGGUGGCUGUGAUGCUGCACGGCUGCAUUUUGAUACUGCAUCAGAGGACAAAAAUUAAGCGUAUAGUGUUUACAUAUCAUCUGAAAGAGAAUGUAACAAAAUAUUAAGGUUUAUUCUCUGUCUUUUUUUAUUUUGAAAAAUUUGAGGGUAAAUAGCAUUGGUGGAAUUGUAAAAUGUAAACUUAUUUAAUAUAAAGUCUGUGUGAACUGGAAGUGGCUGAGACUUUUAUUUCAGGACGUUGAUGUACUUAUAAUUGUGCGUUCACAUUGAUGGCGGCAGGACGUCAAAGCGCUGCUCCACCAGCGAGACCGUCAAAAUUCACUACAUUAAUCUCGUAUUUAAAUAGACCGUUGCAGCAUAUCAACAAAUCAGUUAC